AUGAACGUCUGUCGAUCAGCACGUCAACAAGUUAACGUUCCCGCUUGCUUAUUCGCACAAAUCGGUAACACUCGUUCAUACGCCGCAGAAGCAGGAUCAAAGUUCGUUCGUAACAAGCCUCACAUGAACAUCGGUACAAUCGGUCACGUCGAUCAUGGUAAAACAACAUUAACUGCUGCUAUUACAAAAGUUUUGGCUGAAACUGGAGGUGGUAAAUUCGUCGAUUAUUCCGCAAUUGAUAAAGCACCCGAAGAAAAAGCUCGUGGUAUCACAAUCUCUACCGCUCAUGUCGAAUACGAAACUACAAAUCGCCAUUAUGCUCACGUUGACUGUCCCGGUCACGCAGAUUACAUUCGUAAUAUGAUCACUGGUGCCGCUCAAAUGGACGGUGCAAUCAUUGUCGUUUCUGCUACUGAUGGUCAAAUGCCACAAACUCGUGAACAUUUAUUAUUGGCACGUCAAGUUGGUAUUAAGAAAUUGGUCGUUUUCAUCAACAAAGUCGAUCAAGUUGACGAUAAGGAAAUGUUGGAAUUAGUAGAGAUGGAAAUGCGUGAUUUACUUUCCACUUAUGGAUUCGAAGGUGAUGAUACACCAAUCGUAAUGGGUUCAGCAUUGGCCGCUCUUGAUGGAAAAACACCUGAAGUUGGUGCAGAAGCAAUUGUUAAAUUGAUGAAGGCUACCGAUGAAUGGCUUGACUUGCCACCUCGUGAUUUGGAAAAGCCAUUCUUGAUGCCAGUUGAAGACGUUUUCAGUAUCGCAGGUCGUGGUACUGUGGUUACAGGAAGAGUGGAACGUGGUAAGAUCACAAAAGGUACAGAUGUCGAAUUGGUCGGUUUUGGACCAAGUAUCAAGACAACCUUAACAGGUGUUGAAAUGUUCCACAAAGAAUUGGGAGAAGCUCAAAGUGGUGACAAUGCUGGUAUGUUGUUGCGUGGUGUUAAACGUGAACAAAUUAAACGUGGAAUGGUCUUGAGUGCACCAGGUACAAUCAAACCAGUCAAGAAAUUCGAAGCAACAAUCUAUGUGCUAACCAAGGAAGAAGGAGGAAGAAGUACACCUUUCCAAAACAACUACAGACCACAAUUGUUCGCACGUACAGCCGAUGUUACCGUUUCAUUGACACACACUGGAUCUGAUGCAGAUGAAAAGUUGGUCAUGCCAGGAGACAAUGUUACUUUGAUCGGAGAUUUGGUUCAUGAAGUUGCAUUGGAACAAGGAAGUCGAUUCACAUUGCGUGAAGGAGGAAAGACUGUUGGUACCGGUGUUGUAUCCAAGUUGCUUUGA